GUUAAAAUGGUAUAAAUUAAUACUAUACCUUGUUUUAAUUACUAAUGAAACAAGAAGAACCAAGAAAAAGAGAACUUAGGAAAACUUCUGCUCACGGUCUCAUGACAAGAGGAAAAUACCAUAAACUCCAGGAAAAAGUACCACCAAAAGUGGUACAACCGGAAGGAAUGGACGAAGAAUCAUUCACAGCAAAAAUUAAGGAAACAAUAAAUCAAGGAGAUUCAGAAAAAUAUGCAAAUAUGACAGGAACGUGGUUUCCUCAACAAAUGUGGCCUCCAGGACAAGUAAUGGGCCUACCAGACGGACAAAAAAUGAUACCAAAACAGCCAAAUUUCUUCAUACCGCCAUUACAUCCACAAUUAGCACACCAGAUACAUCCACAAAUGGGACAUAUGGGUCCACAAAUCCAGCACCCUCAAAUGUACCCUGGCCCAAUGGGUCAUCCAAUGCCUAAUAUGGGUCCUAUGCCCAUGCAACACCACAACCAGAUGACCCAAAAAGUUGGUAAUCAGAUCCCUAUUCAGCAAAUUAACCCUAAAAUGCCUCCAAUGGGACAAAUGGUCAUGCCAGGAAUGAGAGGUGUUCAGUUCUCUCCAAAAUCCUCACAACCAGGUCCUCAAAUCAUGCCCAAGAAUAUACCAACCAUGCAGAAUAUGCCACCUCUGCCUCAGAUGGGAGGAAUAGGUGGUAUGUCCACAAUGCCAGGCAUGCAGAAUAUGUUUAACAUGAACAACUCAAUGUAUGCUCCCAUGUAUCCAAGAAUUGGUCCAAAAUCCCCGUCAUACAUCAAAAAUCAAGUUAUAAGAAAUAGGUAUUCGAAGCCUCCAGCACCCUCGCCUAAGAAUAUGGACGCUUUCUUAAGCGAAACUCUAGAACCUGACGAGAAAACUGACUGGAAAGUUGUUCUAAGAGAAGAAAUUACGAAAAUGCUAAAAUCGGAACUGACCAGAUUCAACGAUUUACACGACGUUAGUGACAUAUUCCCAGGAUCUAACCUCGGAGACAAAACAUAUUUUACAUCAAAACAAGAUAAAACAGAUAAUAAAAAGGACAAGAAGAAUGAUAAGGAUAAGAAAGAUGAAACUGAUAAACCAUUCAAUUAUGUAGAUUUGGAAAAAAUCGUGGAUGUUCUGAUUGACAAAUUUAAGCCAGUUAUGGAAGAAAUGUGGAAAGAAAGCAAAAGAUAUCAUCAAUACGCAUUAGACCAGUUUUACUAUCUGUUAACCCAGGGUUCUAACACCCUAAAUAUCACAAAUCAAGGAAAUAUACAAAUAAUGGCCCCCUACAGAAACAAAUCGAAUAACGAAGAAGAAAAUUUUAAAAAAGAGUGGUCUAUUGAAGAGGAACUGGAGUCUAAAGACAAAAAUUCCGAUGGAUCAGAGUUGGUAGUGUUACGUGAUUUAACAGGUUUAAAAAGUUUAUUUCAGAAAAGGGAUGAAAUUGAGAAGCUUUUGACUUCAUAUCGCACUAUAUCAAGAUCAUCGUUUGGGAAUAGUUACUUUACAUUUUCUAAUUUUACACCUGGUCCUAUCCCCAGCGAAACUGUCCCGAAUUUGUCCAACGAUAAAAGGGAGGAUGAAUUUCUGAAGCAGGCCAUUGAAUAUGCAGAUGUAGCGUCUAACCAGAAGUUACUUGUCAACAAUGUUACUGCACUUGAUCUUAGGUCCGCCCUAUCCGGCGACAAUAUGCAAAAUUAUCUCCCAAAUCCAUACAGAUCGGGACUACUUGAAACAGUCAAUCUCAUUCAUUUUGACUUAGGAACCCCUCCACAAUCACCAAAGUUCAGUAAACGAGAACCUGAGCAGGAUACAGUAUUGAACAAGGUUUAUGAAACAUUACAAAGCUUCCAAAACGCAGAGGCAAACACCAUUAAACCACCUUCAAACAAUAUCUCAUUCGCUAAAUUUAUGGCAAGCUAUACUCCAUACUCAAGAGAAGACAGACUUAAAGAACUGUUAAGCAGUCAGGGACCUAUAAAUAAAGGAUUUAACCUACAACCGACUAUGAAAAUGUACCCAAAUUUACCAACAAACAUGGGUCUUUUGCAUCCGAGUAUGAAUACGAUACCCACCAGCAUGGCCAAUUCUGGAGGAAACAUACCAGGUAUGGGACCUAACAUCGGUAAUUUUCCUCCACCUAUGAGUUCUAUGCAAAUGAACAUGGAUCAAAUUCCUAAUAUGCCGCCAAAUAUGAAUGGAAUUCCAGGAAAUAUGAAUAGUAUGGGAGGUAAUAUGAAUAGUAUGGGAGGUAAUAUGAAUAGUAUGUCAUCUAAUAUGAACAGUAUGUCGGGAAAUAUGAAUGGGAUGGGAGGUAGUAUGGGCAAUAUACCAGUUCAUCAAGGCCAUCCUCAAAAUUUUAAUAUUCCUUCGGGAGGUGUGCCUCAACAAAUGCAAAUGCCUAUGCCAAACGUUCCACCACACAUCCAAGCCGGAAAUAACCAGUUUUACAAUAAAUAAUUUUUUAUUUUAAAU